GAGGGGGAUGUCAGUGGAAUUCCAUUCCUCUAGAAGAGAGAAAAACAGCCACAAGCCCCAUUACAUCUGACUUCCACUGACUCCAUCUCCAGCAAUCUCCAAACAUUUGGAUGAACUAGUUUUAAUAGACAAUCUGACGAGUCCCAGCUGACCAGCUUGCCGCACACUUACCACUGGAAAAUACACCAUCUCCUAACUGUAGCAGAAUUCGGUGUAGAAGAUUGCUGAGGACCAUGCAGGCACCGAGGGUUCCUCUGUGUGCAACUUUAUUUGCCCUGUGCUGGAUUUUGACAUUGGUUAUCAAUGACGAGUUGGUUAAUGCUGCCAAACCCAACCAGAGAACAAGGAGCAUCCAAAACAGUGAGAUUAAUUCAAAAAGAGAAGAUCUACAGGAUGGAUUUUCAGAAGACACUCAGAUGGAUGAGCCUGGAGCAGAAGAGCUGGUUGAAAAACAAAAACCAAAGGGUAAAAAGACACCCGAGGAGCUAUUAGCUGCCAAGGCAAAGAAGGCAGCUGAGAAGGAAGCCAAAGCCAAGAAACCGAAGCCCACCAAAAAACCCAAACCCCCAAAACCAACAAAGAAACCCAAGGCCACCAAGAAACCCAAGCCUCCAAAACCCAACAAAAAGCCGAAAGCACCGAAGCCCACCACAACACCAACGACUAGAGCAACUAAACCAACCAGAAAGUCAACCAUGGAGGAAGAGGAGGAGAAACUGCUGCUGGAGCUGGGAUGGGACACGUUAAUUCCAACAGAGCCAAAGGAAACGGAGAUUGAGAAACCCAUUGGCCCAGAUAAUGUAGACGUCCACAGCAAGAAAGACGCCGUUACACCACCUACAAUCAAAGAGCACGAUCCGGAUUACUGGGACGCCCGACAUGAAGUUCCAGAACCCGACCUCAUCCCUAAAGUCAAGGAGCCAGCUAGCACUGAUGACCCAAGUAUAUACUUACCAAUCCCAGAGGAAUCCACUACCACUCCUCGAACAGUUGCCCCUUGGUAUGAGGAAUAUGAUUAUUCUGACUUGGCGGCAAAGAAGCUGGAGGAAGAGCUGGAAAAAGCAAGAAAGGCCAAAGAGGAGAAGGCGGAAAAACUACAGAAGAUGUGGGAAGAGGAGGAGGAGGAGGAGAAGAGAAAGCAGACGGUUCCUCAUGCCGAGCCAAAGAAGUGUCCUCCUCUUGGCAUGGAGUCUCAUCGAGUGGAGGACGAUCAGAUACUGGCAUCUUCUAUGUCUCAUCAUGGAUAUACGGCUCUGAGAGGACGUCUGAACAUGCAGAGUUCAGCUGAUGAGGACGAUGUUUACGGCGGUGCGUGGUGUGCUGAUACGGAGGAGAAGGAGCACUGGUUUCAGGUGAACACCCGUCGAGAGGUGGAGUUCACCGGCAUCAUCACGCAGGGCAGGAGCUCAGAUACACAUGAUGACUUCGUGUCGUCGUAUUUUGUGGCCUUCAGUAACGACAGUCGUGAUUGGACGAUGCUUCAUGAUGGUUACGCUGAGUGGCUCUUUUAUGGGAAUGUGGAUAAAGACACUCCAGUAAUGACAGAGUUCUCUUAUCCAGUUGUGGCGCGUUACAUCCGUAUCCUCCCGCAGAGCUGGAACGGCAGCCUGUGUAUGAGGCUGGAGGUGCUCGGCUGCCCGUUACCCACUAGUUAUCCAACCGAGAACGAUGUUCCACCGACGGAUGAUCUCGAUUACAGGCAUCACAACUACAAAGAGAUGAGACAGAUGAUGAAGGUGAUCAACGAAGAAUGUCCCAACAUCACCAGAAUAUACAACAUCGGAAAAAGCUCUCAAGGGCUGAAGAUGUACGCAAUGGAGAUCUCAGACAACCCUGGAGAACAUGAGACAGGUGAGCCGGAAUUCCGUUACACAGCAGGGCUUCAUGGGAACGAAGUUCUGGGCAGGGAACUUUUGCUGCUCCUGAUGCAGUUCCUCUGUAAGGAAUACAAUGAUGACAAUCCACGAGUGCGCCGCCUUGUGGAGAGCAUACGCAUCCAUCUAGUGCCCUCACUGAACCCUGAUGCCUAUGAGCUGGCCUAUGAGAUGGGCUCUGAGAUGGGGAACUGGGCUUUGGGCCACUGGACAGAGGAGGGAUACGAUAUUUUCCAGAACUUCCCAGACCUGAACAGUAUUCUGUGGGGCGCGGAGGACAGGGGAUGGGUGCCACGGGUCAUUCCCAAUCAUCACAUUCCCAUUCCUGAGAAUUUUCUUAAUGGCUCUGUCGCUGCUGAAACUAAAGCAAUCAUCAGUUGGAUGGAGAGGACGCCGUUUGUUUUGGGCGCUAAUCUACAGGGCGGAGAGAAGAUGGUCACGUACCCCUUCGACAUGCAGCGUCCACCGCGGGCCACAGACGGCAGGGCAGGGCAGUCGGUGAGCGAGUACCAGCACAUGAACGAAGAAACCUGGGCCAGGAUUCAGCGACAGAACGAGGGCGCUCUCCGCGAAACGGCGGACGAAAACCUGUUCCGCUGGCUCGCCAUGACGUACGCACACAGUCACCUGACCAUGACGGAAAACCACCGCGGCUCCUGUCACACCGAUGACGUCACGGGAGGCCAGGGCAUCAUCAACCGGGCCAGCUGGAAGCCAGUUGUGGGCAGCAUGAAUGACUUCAGCUACCUGCACACCAACUGCUUUGAGAUUUCCAUCUUUCUUGGGUGCGAUAAGUUUCCGCAUGAGAGCGAAUUGGCAUCGGAGUGGGAAAACAACCGAGAGGCUCUGCUGGCUUUCAUUGAGCAGGUGCAUCGAGGCAUUAAAGGAGUUGUGAGAGACGUCGAUGGGAAUCUUCUAGCAAAUGCCACAGUGUCAGUGGAGGGAAUCAAACAUGACGUCAAAACAGCUGCCGCUGGUGAUUACUGGCGGCUUCUCAACCCGGGCGAGUAUCGUGUUACUGCAAGAGCCGAUGGUUAUUCUUCUCAGACUCGUCUUUGCAUUGUGGGAUAUGAUGCCAAUGCGUCGCCUUGCAGCUUCUCUCUGACCAAAUCCAACUGGGCUCGAAUUCAACAAAUCAUGGCCCAGAGCAGGAAGAGGCCAAGACUGGUUACCAACACCCCCAUGAACACCAACAACCGCGUCAACGUGGAGAGCGCAGGGGCCGCCGCGGGCCCCCAGAACGAGCGUCUGCGCCGUCUGCGACUGAUGCGCAUGCGGAAGCUGCGAAUGGAGAGGAUGAAAGGCAGCACGACCACAGAGAUGACCACAACAACGACUCCGACAACCACACUUCCACCCACCACAACAGCAACCUCAACUACAGACCCCUGGUUUUACCUGUGGUUUGACCUGGACAGCGCAACCACUCAGGAUUAUAACGUUGAGUACAGAAUAGAUGAAGAUUAGAGAUGGAUUGUAUGGAAAUGUGUGGAAUAUUGCCCUCUUUUUAAGCUUAAAAUGUUCAGGCUCUUACAUUACAGAUCACGCUCUCUGUGGAACAGAGUAUAAAAGACAGAAAUAUCAUUCUUAUUUAAUUCAAGGGGUCUUAUGUGAAUAGUCACGAGAAUGAGCUAUUACUAUUGAAUGAUGGCAAAAAAUGUGUUAUUUCUAAGCUGUCCUCAAAUUACAUGCUUGUUUGUGUACACGAAUAUUAUAAUGUGCACAUGUUUUCUAAUAAAAAGUCUCAAUAUCAUUGUGUAU